CCCUAGCUCGAAACAGAGAGUUGCGCGCAUUGCAGAAGAGAGACCAAAACCCCCCUAGCUCGAAACAGAGAGUUGCGCGCAUUGAAGAAAAGAGACCAAAACCCAGACCAACUGCCCGAUUUUAGACAGUAGGCUUGUCUUGUUUUAUACUUAUUGAUUUUCUAAUUUUGGGGCUCAAUAAAAAGAGUGGAGAUGUCAAUAGUAGAAGAAAAACCACUGGCGGUGGAUAAAGCCGAAGAAGAAGAAGUAGAUGAUGACGAGGAAGUAGAAGAAGAGGAGGGAUGGUCUUCAGAUUCCGAAAUUGGAGAGGCAUUGGAUUAUUUGGACUCUAAAGAUGAUGAUGAACCGGUGGAUGGGGCUUUUAUGCUCAGUUCGAGGCGCCCAAAUGCGCAUGGAGGUCUUCACUCUCGCCCUAAUUCAUCAACUCUUCAACCUCUAUCGAAUAAAAAUCAGAAAUUUACUCAUCACAUUCGAGCUUCACCUUUAGAGGAAUGGGAGGGAAGGAUGAAUGUUGGGAUGUCGAAUUCUGUGACAACUGCAAUUCGUGUUAGUGUUCGAGAGAUGGCCAUUGGUAAAACUAAGACUACUGAGAAAGCAGAUCGCGCAACUGUUGAGCAGGCCAUUGAUCCUAGAACUCGUAUGGUUCUAUUUAAAAUGCUGAAUCGAGGUGUAUUUCAUGAUAUUAACGGCUGUAUAUCUACUGGAAAAGAAGCAAAUGUUUAUCAUGCAACAAAAUCUGAUGGUCCAGAACUAGCAAUUAAAGUGUACAAGACUUCUGUUCUGGUUUUCAAGGACCGAGACCGCUACGUGCAAGGUGACUACCGUUUCAGAUAUGGAUACUGCAAGCACAAUCCCAGGAAAAUGGUGAAGACAUGGGCUGAAAAAGAAAUGAGGAAUCUUAUGAGGCUCAAGGCAGCUGGAAUUAGGUGUCCAACUCCCUAUCUUUUGCGACUUCAUGUUCUGGUCAUGGAAUUUAUAGGAAAAUCUGGUUGGGCUGCUCCUCGUCUUAAGGAUGCUGCUUUAUCUUUAGACAAAUUACGUGAAGGUUAUGUUGAGAUUAUAGUUGCGAUGCGGACAUUAUAUCAGAAGUGCAAACUGGUGCAUGGAGAUCUCAGUGAAUAUAACAUACUUUAUUUUGAGGGUCAUUUGUUUAUCAUUGAUGUCUCUCAAGCAGUUGAUCUCGACCAUCCUCAUGCUCUUGAUUUCCUGCGCGAAGAUUGUGUUCAUGUUUCUGAUUUCUUUAAGAAACAUGGUGUAGCUGUUAUGACAAUCCGAGAGCUAUUUGACUUCAUAGUAGACCCAUCAAUUGCUGAUGAUUGUGUGGACAGUUAUUUGGAAGAGGCUCAACAGAAAAUUUUGGCAAGAGGAGAUAUAUCUGUUGAGGAUGAAAUUGCGGACUCUGUAUUUGUACAGUCAUACAUUCCGAAGACCCUAGAACAUGUUAAAAACGCCGAGGAGGAUGUACAACGGCUAACCAGUGGCAAGGAUACAGGAGACAUGUACUAUAAGACAAUUACAGGACUAAAGGAUGCUCUAUCCAGAGUUGAACCUUCUUUGGCCAAUAAAGAUGAGCAACUUAAUGGGAAUCCUAUGGAAGAAUCAUCUGUCAAUCAGGCUGGUCAUUCUGAUAAUUCUGAGACGGAAUCCGAAUCUGAAACAGAUGGAGAUGAAGACCAUUCCAGUGACUCAGAAGGAGGGGAUUCUUCAUCCGAAAUUGGGAAGAAGGCACCUCUCGAUAAGAAAGCUGCCAGGAAAGAGAACAAGAAGAAAGUCAAAGAAGAGAAGAGGGAGGCUCGGAAGACCAAAGUCCCCAAGGCUGUGAAGAAGAGAAAGAAAAAAUUGGCCAAAGCUCACAAGACUAGGUAGACAUGAAGCAAAAAGAUUUUGCAGUCUCCCGGUUCUUUGGGCAGAGAAGGCCGCAAUUUUUGUAGCUUAUACUACAUUAUCUAAUUUUAUUUAUUUUAAUUUUAGGUGUAGUUUGUUUCAGUCAUGCUUAUCAAUGUGUAUAUCUGCCAACUUUGAUUAUUGCGUUGGCUUUUAGGUCCCUUAUGGUAUGCUUUUGUAUUUAUUUAUUUAAAAAAAAAAAAAUUUCCUGAGAGAGUUUUUAUUUUA